GUCAGAAAGAGAGAAAGAGUUUAAAAAAAAAAAAAAAAAUAGAGUAGCUGAUGAGGGCCUUGUAUUAAACUAGGUACAUUACUGAACGUCAUAGUCAUAGUGUUCAGCAGUGUUCAGCCCCAACCAAUAUAUUCCCAAACCAUCAGAGACACAGACUGUAGCAGACGACGACAUGUUGGCUACAGGGAGUAACUCGUCGCGGGUGUUUUGGUCGUCCCUAGUAUCCUGGGGAUUCAUAUAAUAAUAAAAUUUUAAAAAAUAUAUAUUUAUGUUAUCUUAUUAUUUUAUAUACAAAAAAAAAAAAUAAAAUAAUAUUAAAAAUGACAGUGAUUUAAUUUAACUGUCAAUAAAAUAAAGUGAAAAAAAAAAAAAAUUAAUAAUAAUUAAUAUUGUGAUGUUAUUGUGAUGAUUUUGUGUGUACUUUAACAAUAAAAUUAGUUAAAAUUAAAAUAAUUAUUAUUAAUAAAUAAAUAUCUACUAGUGUUGCUGAUAUUGUGUUGAACCUCAGGGCACCUCAGGGGGUGUUAUAUGUGUAUGUGUAUAGAGCUGUCAUUUUUUUUUUUUUUUUUUUAUCAUCAUUAUCAUCAUCAUCUGCACUUGUCAUAAUUUAUAACAACUCGAGAGAGUACUGUUGAGCUUGGUAGCUUUGAGCUCAAUAUAUAUAUAUUAUUUAUUUAUUUUUUUUUCAUUUAUUCUUUGCUCAUUACUCAAUUAUUGCUACAUACUCUCGAGUCACAUCUCGUUUGUAUCUGGGCGGGGGCAGGUAAAUUUGUCAUUUUUUUUUUGUUUUUUUUUUUAAAUAACCCGGUGAUAUUAUAUGUAUUACAUUCCAUAAUAUUAACUUUAUUUAUUUAAUUUUGGAGCUUAAUUUUUGGAGCAAACUGACAAGUGAAUUGUUAUUAUUAUUGUUUUUUUUUCGGUAAGAUUUUUUUGGAUAAAUAGAGUUAUUUUGAGGGUGAAUAUAAUAUUGAUGGUUGAUAUUAAGAAUUGACAAAAUGAAGAAAAAAUAUAAUUGAAUAAUAUUGUUUUUUAAAAAAAUAAUUGUUGGAAUAUUAUUACGUACGGCAUUACAACCAUAGGUAUUAAUCAAGUGAAUGUAUAGGUGUGCGCGCGCGCGUGUUUAUGUAUGUAUAAAAUAAUACAUACAAUAUAAAAUUCACAAUAUAUCGAUACAUAUAUAUAUGCAAGUAUACAAUCAUUAAUUUAUAAUAAAAAAAAAAAAAUAAUAUAUGUAUAAAUAAUUUAUGUGAAGUAAAUAAAUUUUAGAGUAAAAAAUUAAGUGAAAAAAAAACCAAGUGAAAAUUAAAUUUACAAAAAAAAAACAAAAGUUAUAAAAUCAGUAUUUAUAUUUAUUUAUUAAAUAAUUAAUUAUCUAAAAACAAUAUUAUAUCAAUAUAAAUAAUAUGUUAAUAAAUAAUAAAAAAAAAUUAAAAUGUUUAUUGUCAUUUUAAAAAAGAAGAUUUGCUAAAAUAUAAAAGUAGAGAAACGUGAGGAGUGGAAUAACGAUACACUGGUUAAAUAAAUAUAUAGCAAGUUGGCCUAGUCAACAAAAAUGUCACACUGAUCACGUUGUCAACCUCAAUCGGGCCAAACUUUUUAACAGAAGUGGCUGUGGAUAAAAAACACGUUACAAAAAAAGAAGUGGCGGGGUCAGUGGAGGACGAGGACGAGGAAGAAAAAAAAAUUGGUGAAUCAAAACGUAAAACAUACAAUAAAAAAAAAUAAAUGAGCAAUCGAAAAAAUGGUAUAACCCAAAGGAUAAAUAAUAAAUAAUUAAAUUUUCAAGUUUUUAAAAAAGAAGAAAAUAUAAAAAGUAUUUAAUUAGAUAAUUGAAAUAUAAUAAAUAAAAAAAUUAAUAAAAGUGCAAGUGGUAGUGUGAGAUUGAUUGGUGAUUAAAAUUGUCAAUCAGUCAAUUAGAAAUUAAUUACAAAUACAUAUAUAUAUUUAAAAAAUAUAUAAAAGUAAAAAAAAAAAAAAAAAAAAAAAAAAAUUGUUGAGUGUCACGUGUGUCAUGGGGUGUUUCGGCAGCCAAAGUAGCAAGGCCAGCCAGGAUGACAGCAAGAACCAGAAGAGGCGUUCCGAUGCAAUCACAAGACAAUUGCAGAAGGACAAGCAGGUUUACAGAGCCACACAUAGGCUUCUGUUACUCGGGGCGGGUGAGUCUGGCAAAAGUACUAUCGUCAAACAAAUGAGGAUACUGCAUGUCAAUGGUUUCAGUGAAGCAGAAAAACGUCAAAAAAUUGAAGAUAUUAAAAAAAAUAUAAGAGAUGCAAUAUUGACAAUAACAACUGCAAUGAGUACACUAACACCACCUGUAACGCUUGAAGAUUCAAAAAAUCAAAGUAAAGUUGAUUAUGUACUGGAUGUAUCGUCUUCCCCUGACUUUGAUUAUCCACCUGAAUUUUAUGGAAUUGUCGAGGGACUAUGGAAAGACAGAGGUGUACAAUCAAGUUUUGAAAGAAGCAAUGAGUAUCAAUUAAUUGACUGUGCAAAAUACUUUCUAGAUAAAGUUUCCAUAAUUAAACAACCAGACUAUACACCAACAGAACAGGAUAUAUUGAGAUGUCGUGUUCUUACAUCAGGAAUCUUUGAGACUCGUUUUCAAGUUGAUAAAGUUAAUUUUCAUAUGUUUGAUGUUGGUGGUCAACGAGAUGAAAGAAGAAAAUGGAUUCAAUGUUUUAAUGAUGUAACAGCAAUUAUAUUUGUUACAGCAUGUAGUAGUUACAAUAUGGUACUUCGUGAAGAUCCAACAAAAUUAAGACUUCGUGAAAGUCUAGAUUUAUUUAAAAGUAUUUGGAAUAAUCGGUGGCUUCGAACAAUAUCUGUUAUUUUAUUUUUAAAUAAACAAGAUUUAUUAGCUGAAAAAGUUAAAGCAGGUAAGCACAAAUUGGAAGAUUAUUUUCCUGAAUUUUCACGAUAUCAGACACCAAUUGAGCCAGGUGUUGUGGUAGAUUCAACGGAACUUCCAGAGGUCAUACGAGCUAAAUACUUUAUUCGAGAUGAAUUUCUUCGUAUUAGUACUGCAAGUGGGGAUGGAAAACAUUAUUGUUAUCCACAUUUUACUUGCGCAGUCGACACUGAAAAUAUCAAGAGAGUAUUCAAUGACUGUCGUGACAUAAUUCAACGUAUGCAUUUGCGCCAAUAUGAACUCUUGUGACUUGGUUACUACUGGUGUCUAGUAUUAGCUGUUUAUUAUUUUUUAUUUCUUUAUAUAUAUUUUUUUUUUUUUUCAAUUUUUUAUUAUUAUUUCUUUUAAAUUCAUGAAAAUUCAUCCUCCAUUAAUUGUACAUCAUUUAAAUAAAAUUGAAAUAUUUAUUAAUUUAAAAAAAAAAUAAAUAUAUAUAUAUAAAUAAUGAUAAAAAAUUAUAUAAAAAUUUUAGUGAAAAUACAUUUUUUUUAAAAUUGCCAAAUAUCUAGAUAUCUUACAUACAUUUUACACUUGAAAAUCUAUUGGUCUAUGAAUGAACGUAGAUAGAGGUGAAAACUUAAACUGCGUCUUGAAAUAAUAGUAAAAAAAACAAAAAAAAAAACCAACUUGAUGAUUAAACUCAUCGAAAUAAUUUAAUUAAAUUUAUCUCCAAAAUAAGCUUUACCAAAAUGAAUUUUUUAUUUUUUUUUCAAUAAAAUAAAAAUGAUUGAUUGAUUGGUUUUUUUUUUUUUUUCUUUUGAUUGGCUGAUAUGAAAAAUUAUAAAUGUAUAUUAUUGUCAUUAUCUACAUUUGUCAAGCAAAAGGUGUAUUAUAUUUUGAAAUCUCGACGCACUGUGAUUCGUUACCUUAAAAAUAAACAAAAUAAUAUUUCUAAUUUCCACAAAAAAUAAUUUUAAACAAAACAACAGGCGUUACUUGCGUGGGCAUGUGAUAAAUUUAUAACGCAAAAUAAACAAAAAAAAAAUAAUAAUAUAAUAAUAACGCGUAUUAAUCAAUUUUUCACGUAAAUUUAUUCACAAUUUUUCAAAAAAUGUUUCAAUAACAUUAAAAAAAAAAAAACAAAAAAAAAUAUGAAUCUCUUUUUACAAACUUCCGAUAUACUUUUUAUUUUCUGAAUCUCUACGAAAAAAAAAAACACAUGAAUUUCAUAAAUUAUAUCUCGAAAUAUUAGAAACUUAAAAUUAAAAAUUUUCAUCGUUAUUGUUACUAUUGUUAUUGUUAUUAUUAUUUAAAAAAAAAAAAUGUUUUUUUUUUUUUUUUCUCGUAAGAUUUGCCAGUAUUUCAAUUAUUUUUUUACAGUAUCAAAUUUUUAUGUUAACAAAAUAAUUAUUUAUGUUUGUUAUAUCAAAACACAAAAAAAAAAUUAAUAUAAUUAUUAUUUUUUCUUCAAUCGAAACUAUAUCAAUGUUAUGUAUCAUGAUUAUAAUUUUUUUUUUUUGUCAUAGAUCCACGAAAAAAUGUUUAAUAAAUACAAAAAAAAAAAAAGAAAAAAGAAAUAAUAAUAUUAAUAAUGAUUAAUGAUUCGAUAGCACAAAUGAUUUUUACAAAAUAUUGUGUUUUGGAAAAUUACAAAAUUUGAUAAUACAUCAAACACAAUUAUGUAUUUAAAAAUGAAUAAAUCAUAUUUAUCCGAGCGAAUCUAAUUGUCAUUAAAAUAUCACAUUAAAUAAAAUGAUUAAACUCUUCCCAAAAAAGAGAGAUAUAUGUAUAAUAAUAAAUUAAAUAAAUUAUAUAAAUCUAUAUAUAAAAUAAUAGUUUUAAAAUUAUAUGUGAAUAUAUAUGUAUGCUUUUUUUUUUUGCGAGUGAAAGUAUUUAUUUGUUAAUAAUUGAAUUUUCAUUAAUUUGUAUUUAUUUUUAAUUUUAAACAAAAAAUAUCUCAUCUUGAAUUACAAGCCAGAUAAUAGUAUAAAUUUUAUUUUUAAAAUAAUAUUAUACACACAUGUAUAAUUAUUAUGAAAAUUAAUUAAAAAAACUUGCCCACGCACAUUUUAAUUUUAAGUUUUUUCUUUGCGAUACAAAAAAUAUUAUUUUUUUUUCUAUCAAAAGUACAUUUUCCUUUUUUUUUUUUUUGUGUAAAAUAAAAAAUAUAAAAUUUGUAUUUAAAUAUAAUACUGGUAGCUCAUAUUUUAAAAAUAAAUAAAAACAGUAAUAAUUGUUUAAAAUUAAAUAAUUAAAAAAUUAUCAAAUGAAAUUUAUUAUUCAAAAAAAAAAAAAACAAAAAGAAAUUGCUAGUUAAAAUUUAUUUAUAUUAAAUUAUUUUUUAAUUUUUUAAUAUAAUUUUUUAGUUAUUAAAAAAAUAAAAAAAAAAAAAAUACGGGUUACCUGUGUUAUGUGAAAAAAAAUAUGAAAUGUGUUAAAAAAUAAAAAAUAUCAUAUGAAUGUUAGUUACUUAGUUGAUUUGAGAAUGAUUGUUUUAGCUACAAUGAGUAAAAUGUAGAAAAAAAUAAAUAAAAGAGAAUAUAUAGUAAAUAUAGUUCUCAUAUCUUAAUAAUUGUCAUGCAAAUAUAACACACAGACUUUGUUAUUUGGAUUAUUAAAAUUUUCAUAAAAUUAUUUUCAAUUAUUAUUAUUUUUUUAAAUUGUUAUUCUUUAAAUGUUGCCAGAGUGUAAUUUAAGAUUAUGGAGGAAUCAGGGUGAAUGCACAUUGCAUGAAAAUUCCAUUAAAAUGCAAUAUACAUUAAAUAUUAUUUCUACCAGAAUAUACGAAAUAAAUAAAUCAAUAAUAAUUAUAAAAAAAUAACGAAAAAAAAAAAAAAAAAAUUUGUAAUUCUUAUUAGUCAAAGUCUGUGCGAUAUUAUGCUUGCUCAUAAAAAUAAUUAUACUAAUUACUAUCAAAAUAUUAAAUUUAAAAAAAAUGCAAUUAUUACAAGUCCAUUAUCGAUGCCAUUAUUUAAAAAAAGGAAAG